UGAGGCUCUUCAAAUUCACCCACUCGCGUCUCCCGUCGUCUGUGCAGGAGCAUCAUGUCUGCUCAGGAGCAGCAACAGGCGCAGACCCCCCGGCCCGCGGAGGCUCCGGAGCUGGACGCCGCGAACAGAUACGAAGCGGUUGUUCCCCACUGGUUCUUCUGCAAGGUCACGGACUCCAGGGAGCGAUGGAUCCCCUUCAGCACGCAGGACUCGGAGAGGCUGGAAGAGGCUCACGGCUCGGGGAGAGACAAAGAAGAUCUGGUUGUCCCAACAUCGGGGGGUAGGUAUGACGUGGAUCUGAAGAAGAGGCAGCGUGUCGCAGUGUACUGGGAGGAGGAGGUAUCUGAAGUGCGUCGCUGCACCUGGUUUUACAAGGGAGACAAGGACAACAAGUACAUUCCCUACUCGGAGGCCUUCAGCGAAGAACUGGAGGAAGCUUACAUGAUUGCUGUGACCCUGGAUGAGUGGAAGAAGAAACUGGAGUCCCCUAGCAGGGAAAUCAUUAUCUUGCACAACCCAAAGCUGAUGGUGCACUACCAUCCGGUUGCCACCUCCGAUGACUGGGGCUCAACUCCUACGGAACAAGGUCGACCUCGGACUGUGAAGAGAGGAGUAGAAAACAUCCCUGUCGAGAUCCCCAAUGGAGAGCCACUGCAAAUCGAUCACCUGGUUUUCGUGGUGCACGGGAUCGGCCCUGCAUGUGACAUUCGGUUCAGGAGCAUCGUCCAGUGUGUGAAUGACUUCAGGAAUGUUUCUCUGAGCAUGCUGCAAGCGCACUUCAAGAAAGCCCAGGAGCAGCAGCAGAUCGGCCGGGUGGAGUUCCUACCUGUGAACUGGCACAGCUCCCUCCACUCCACCGGGGUGGACGUCGACCUGGAGCGAAUCACUUUGCCGAGCAUCAAUCGCCUGCGUCACUUCAUCAACGACACCAUCCUGGACGUUUUCUUUUACAACAGCUCCACCUAUUGCCAGACCAUCGUGGACACGGUGGCGUCCGAAAUGAACCGCCUCUACCAACUCUUCCUGCAGAGGAACCCGCUCUUCAAAGGGGGGGUCUCCAUUGCGGGGCACAGCUUGGGGUCGCUCAUUUUGUUUGAUCUCCUGACGAACCAGAAGGCUGAUCCCGAUGAGGACGAGUGCAGCGAAGAGGGGUCUAGGACAACCUCAAGCAACAGGGGUAUGGAGGAAGUAAGAGAAAUCCUGAGGAAGCUGGAGCUGUCCGAAUAUUGUGAUGUGUUUGAGAAGGAGAAAAUGGACAGGCAGGCACUGUUCUUGUGCACAGAGAAAAACCUUAAAGAAAUGGGAAUUCCCUUAGGACCAAGAAUGAAGAUACUCCAUUACAUGAGCUCCAAGAGGGAGAUGCAGGACCAGAGAGCAGCAGCUCCCGGGCACAGCGGGGAGCAUGGAGCCGAGCCUGGGUCCCCGUCGCAGCACAACCCGGACAGCACAGACGAUGGCAGGAACUGCCAAUACCGGGACGUUGGCUUAGGACAGGUCUCAGCAAACUAUCCUCAGCUAAACUACAAGCCCACCAUCUUCUUUGCUUUUGGGUCUCCCAUCGGGAUGUUUCUCACGGUGCGAGGAGUGAAGCGGAUCAACCCGAACUACAGCCUGCCCACCUGCAAAGGCUUCUUCAACAUCUUCCACCCCUUUGACCCGGUGGCAUACAGGAUUGAGCCCAUGAUCGUCCCAGAUCUGGAGUUUGAGCCCAUGCUGCUGCCUCACCACAAGGGCAGGAAGAGAAUGCAUCUAGAGCUGAAAGAGGGGCUGACUCGCAUGAGCGUGGACCUGAAGAACAACUUGCUGGGGUCCCUGCGGGUAGCCUGGCAGUCCUUCACUCGAGCCCCGCUGCCAGCCGUGGAGGCAGCGAGUACCGAUGCCGAAGCAGAGGCAGAGGCCAGCGAGGAGAAGCAGCCAGACACAAAGCCAGACGAGACCCCCGCAGCAGUGAAGGAAGAGGCCUCCCUCAUUAAUGUGGGGAGGCUGAACGGAGGGAAUCGCAUAGACUACGUGCUGCAGGAGAAGCCAAUAGAGAGCUUUAACGAGUAUUUGUUUGCACUGCAAGGGCAUCUCUGCUAUUGGGAGUCGGAAGACACCGUUCUGCUGGUUCUGAAGGAGAUCUACCAGACACAAGGCAUUACACUGGAUCAACCUUUGCCAGGAAGCCAGUGACCAACCUGUGCUGUUCUGGCUGCUUGACAUCCAAUUCAACCGAGUACUCACCAGGAAAGUCCAGAUUUCUUCUCUGCCUUCCUCUCUCCUCUGCUGCUGUGUCCCCCGCAUGCUGCUUCCCAAGUACUUGCUGCUACCUGGAGAUAAGGAUGAUUUUCCUCCAUUUUGAGUAGGGGCGGGGGGAAAAAAUAUCAAGGGAAGACACUUCUGCUCAAACAUACACAGCACUUGCACUGUGACUCCCUGUGGCAACAUGUACUUUUAACCCUCCACCUUGUAAGUUAUCACACUAGCUCCUCUAGCACCGAAGCAGACUAGCUGUCUGGGCUAGGAACCAACAUCGAGGGCCUGACUCUGCUCCUGGCAUAGUGAGGAAACUCGCAGCUUGUGACCUUCAGGAAUAAAAGCCUUAAACAUGCAGCGUGGAGAGAGCUAUAGCAGCCUUGUCGAGCGAAGGAUUGCUGACUUCUCCCCGCCAUAACACAGAGCACCAGGCGUGAGGACUGCGGUCUUUGGGAGGUGAAGCCCAGGGCACAGGCGUCUGCUGUUAAGUGAGCAGGAACGUGUCUACCAGCCAUUCUCAUCUUGAAUUGCUGCUGCAUGGUUUGUGCACCUAUGGGUCAUGCCAGGCAGGACCACCCCAUAAAACAGCUCGUGAGAGCGGCAUGUUUGUGCGUGCUUGACCCAGGCGCUCCUGCCUGCUGUUACAGGUUGGCAGAGACGUCUCAGCAUCCUCAGUCAGCCCACAACGGCCAACAAACCAAGGGCCCCCCUGAGGCACUGCCUGCAUCUUGCGUAGGACUACAGCUAGUGGCCAGGUGUAACUAUACGGGAGGAAAGCUUCACCUCCAGAUCAAACUACAGCUAUACUGGGGGAAAUCAGCAGCUCCUCAGCAGCACCCAGGCAAUUUGGAGGCCUGGAGGGACAGCCCUCCUGUGUUUUGCAGGGGCCCAGAGCAACGCUACUGUCCUGCUGCAGUGUGGCUUUCAGGGUGGCUACAGGGAUCUCAUGCCAGCCAGGUUCCAGACGUUAUUUUUGGUUUUAAAUACACAAAAUGCAGCCAGUGAAGUCGGAGCCCAGAUCCAUAGGGUCUGGACACCGUGUCCCAAUGACCCCACUGAAGAAACGACACCGGCUCUGCAGGCAGUUCAGGCUGCAGCUGCCUGUAGCGUGCUAGCUCUGCUCCAAGGGGGACGGGGCCAGAGAGCCUCCCGUGGUCCCCCCUUGUGACCCAAAACCACCCAGGCAGACUCACUGGCCCAGCUGAGGCUGGAGCCUCGGGGCAAGGCAGAGGCAGACGCUUCAGUGAUGUGUAAGGUCGUUGCUGUAACAGCCUUUGGAAGAGCCAAACCACUUUCCCUCCCACUGACUUUUGCCCUGCAUGGGGUAAGGAGCCUUUUUUCCACAGCCUGUUUGUUUGUCCUCCGUUGUACUACAUUAUUUGCACUAUUUGAAAGGUUUUGUUUGCAGCCUACAACCCUCCUCCCAUCCCAAAGGAACGGAAGCUGUUCUUUUACCUGACUGCAGAAACAGACAUGCUGCUCGGUCGGCGCCUGAACUACUGAUUGCUAAAGCGUCUCCUACAAGAGUAGGAAAAGGAACAGUCUUAACACGGGACACUCUCAUGAUCAGCUUUUAAGUUAUGCACUUUGUAAAAAAAAAGUUAAAUACAUUUUAAAUGUUAUUUAAUGUCUUUUCCAGUAAAAGCCAA